AUGGGGAGUCCGCAAGACUUGAGCUGGGUGUUUUGGAAAAUGAGAAUCGGGGAGUCCGGUGCUCGUACCAGGCUGUUGACCCCAUCAAAAACAGCCUGCCAAAAACUCCCCUUUCAGAACCCGCACCCCUUCAUUGCUCUGAUGUCCAAGGAGGCCCCCUCGCUGGUUGCCAUGGUUCUUGCUCAGUGCUCAAAGGUCGCCUCGUGUUGCUAG